GCUCAAAAGACAGAUAUCUAUUUUCAAGAAUACUUUGGAUUCUUAUGUGAACAAUAAACACUCUACUUCUCUUCUUCUCAUGUCAUCUUCUUCUCACAAACGAUUUUAAUAUUACAAAUUUGUGUAGAUAUAUAUAUAUAUGUAGAGUAAUUACGAAGCUAUUGACAAGUAUCUGACACUUCCGCUGCUCUUUUUUUCUUAUUUUUUUCACCAUGCCACAAGCAAACACUCCUAACCCUUAGCUCAUAUGUUGGACCUUGUACCCUUAAUGAGAUUCUGCACCAUUCCACACACACACACACACACAUAUAUAUAUAUAUGUAAAGACCAACUUAGUCUGUCCAUCUAUCUCAUUGAUUUGGCUUCUCUCCUCUACAGACAAAGUUGUUCAGGAGCUUGUCAUGAACAUUACCAUUCUCCACCUCUUAUCUUCUUAUCACUCCGUUCUUGCAGUAAUUGACUGAGAAAAAGUUUAAUUUCUUUUAUUCUCCAUGGGGAAGAAGACUAAUAGUUCUUCCUGGUUAACAAUGGUGAAAAGGGCCUUCAGGUCUCCAACUAAGGAGAAUCAGAAGAAAAGUAGCAGAAGAAGAGAAGAAGAGGACCAAGAAGACGAUGAAAAGAAAAGAGAGAAGAGAAGAUGGCUUUUCCGGAAGCCAAAUAUUAACAACAGCCACCAUGGUCAACAAUGCGAAGCAAAGUCAACGACAGGGCAUCAUCAUCAUCAUGUUGCCUCACCAGUGAAUCCUAUUUUAUGCGGGAAUAAUGAUAACCAUCAUGCAAUUGCGGUGGCAGCAGCGACAGCCGCAGCCGCGGAAGCGGCGGUGGCAACCGCGCAAGCGGCUGUCCAGAUUGUCAGGCUCACCAGGACGCCCAGUUUAGUCAAUCAGCAUUGGGCCGCGAUCGUCAUUCAAACAGCUUUCAGAGGCUACCUCGGAAGACGAGCUCUGCGUGCGCUCAAAGGGCUUGUCAAGCUUCAAGCUUUAGUGAGAGGACACAAUGUCCGGCGGCAAACCAAGUUGACGCUCAAAUGCAUGCAAGCUUUGUUGAGAGUUCAAGACAGGGUGUUGGAUCAGCAACGUGCCAGGCUCUCGCAUGAAGGCAGGAUAAUUGGUAGAAACUCCAUGUUUGCUGAAAGUAAUGGCUUGUGGGAGUCGAGGUAUCUUCAAGACAUUCGUAGCAGAAGAUCAAUGUCGAGAUCAGAUAUGAGUUGGAUGGCUGACGAGUGGGAUGAUCGCCCGCAGACAAGCGAAGAAAUUGAAGCUUUGCAGCAGAGCAGAAAGGAAGCUGCCAUGAAACGGGAGAAAGCUCUGGCUUAUGCUUUUUCUAACCAGAUAUGGAGGAGUGGAAGGAUGAGGAACCAAUCAACCGGAGAUCAUGAGAAGGAGAUUGAAGAAAGAACCAGAUGGCUUGAUCGAUGGAUGGCCACAAAGCCAUGGGAGAGUUACACUAGAGCUUCAACUGAUAAAAGAGACCAAAUCAAAGAAAUAGAUGUAGCUAAACCUUGCCCUUACACUACUCGAAACUCAAGAAAAUUAACCCAAUCACCCGAAAUCCGCCACCAACAAUCUGUUCCUUCUCCCCUCCAUCACAACCAAUCAUCACCAGCCACGCCAUCUCCCUUCAAGACCAGGCCUCUUCAAGUCCGUUCUGCCAGCCCAAGAUGCCUAAAACUAGAAGAAAGAAUCUCCCAUUCUGCAGCACAAACUCCUUGCUUAAGCUCAAUGUGUGGGCAGGGACUGAGCCAAGAUGUGAUUGGCAAUGGUGGGGCUACACCUUUGCCUAACUACAUGGCCGCCACGGCGUCAACCAAGGCUCGGGCUCGGUCGCAGAGUACGCCGAGGCAUAGGCCAUCGACGCCACCGAGGGAGCGAAUUGGAUCGGCGAAGAAGCGGCUAUCAUACCCUGAAGUCGGCAGAACUGGUGGUGGGUGCGGUGGUUUUAGCCAGAACUUGAGGAGUCCGAGCUUCAAAAGCGCUUAUGGUGGGUACGUUGGGAUAGAGCAGCAAUCCAACUAUUCUUCAUGUUAUGCAGAUAGCUACGGCGGUGAAAUUUCUCCAUGUUCAACAACUGAUCUUAGGUGGUUGCAAUGAGAAAAAUAAGCAUGGAAGAACUUGUAUUUGGAUUCAGAUUGUUGGGUUUGUGUUCUUUUUCAAUAAUGAAGGUUGCUGGUUAUUUACUUCUGUUAUAGAAAUUUUUUGCCUUUGUUGUUAAGGAGACAUG